AAAGAAUUAAUAUGAUAUUGAAAGAUUUAUGAAUAUUAAUAAGGAUAUGAAUUCAUUAUUAGAAGAGGAAUCUAGUGAGAGAUAUGUGAAUAAUAUAGAUAAAGCACCAUCGUUACCAAUAAUUUAUCCGCCACCUCUUCCAAAAGAGAAUUUAGAGUUAUCAGGAGGUAGCCAAAAUGAUAUUGAAGUGGAUAGAAUGAAGGAAAGUUUUUAUAAAAAAAUGAUUUGUACGAAAACACAAACAUUAGGAAUGUUUGAAGGACUUGGUAAAUCACAUGAAAUGGAAGAUGUAAUGAAACAUAAUAAAAAUACACUGAAAGAGGGAUCUAAGGGAUCUAUAAUUUCUGAAUUGAGGAAAAAUGGACCAUUAUCUAUAGAGGAACUUUUAAAAAAAGAAAAAGAAUUAGCAUCUAUAAAUAGGCCAAAAUUUUUGACUCGAAAGCAGCGGGAAGAGAUUGCACUUGAAAAACGUCGUUUGGAAGUUAAAAAAAAACGUCAAUAUAUUGAUAAAAUGAAUUCAAAUCUUUCAACGGAUUUUUACCCAAAAGAUGGGACAAAUGUUAUGUCAGAUAGAAAUGAAACGAAUGGAUAUACGAAUGGUACAAAAACGAUAUAUACAGAAUCCAAAAAUAUGAGAAAAGAAAUGACGAAAGGGUAUGAGUCAUCCAAGUCGUCUUUAAAGAAGAAUGAUGAGAAGUUUGAAUUAGCGGUUGAGGAAAAAGAGCUUGAGGAUAUUCGCAAAAGAUAUUUAGGAGCGACUGAAAAUAAGAAAAAAAGGCGAAGAACGGCAGAAAGAAAAUUUGUAUUUGAUUGGGAUAAUACAGAAGAUACAUCUAUCGAUGUUAAUCCUAUUUAUUUGAAUCGUCAUAGUGCACAAUUUUUAGGUAGAGGAAGAUUAGGAGGAUUUGAUGAUAAAGAUAAUAAAGAUUAUACUAGUUCUUAUAUUAAUGUAUUGUCUCGUUCUUCUAAUGAAGAAGAUAGAGAUAGAGCUAAACAAUUGAUGGAAAUGGAAUAUAAAAAAAGUUCUAGAAUUAGUUGGGAUGAUGUUCAUUGGUCAGAAAAACCCUUGGAGCUUAUGAAAGAAAGGGAUUGGCGUAUAUUUAGGGAAGAUUUUAAUAUUUCCUCAAGAGGAGGAUCGAUUCCAAACCCUAUACGUAAUUGGAAGGAAUCAGGAUUACCUAAGGUUAUUCUUGAUAUAAUUAAAGCUGUAGGAUAUAAAGAACCUUCACCUAUCCAAAGAGCAGCCAUUCCUAUUGGUUUACAAAAUCGUGAUAUUAUUGGUAUUGCUGAAACAGGAUCAGGAAAAACUGCUUCAUUUGUGCUUCCUAUGCUUGUAUAUAUUUCUACGCUUCCUCCACUUAAUGAACAUAACAAGAAUGAUGGUCCUUAUGCAAUUAUUUUAGCUCCUACGAGAGAAUUGGCUCAGCAAAUUGAGACUGAAACAAAGAAAUUUUGUAUAUCAAUGGGUUUUGUAUGCGUAUCAAUUGUUGGUGGACAUAAAAUUGAAGAGCAGGCCUUUAAUUUGAGAGAUGGUGUUCAUAUUGUUAUUGCUACGCCUGGGCGGUUAUUAGAUUGUCUUGAAAGACGUGUUUUAGUAUUAAGUCAAUGUGCAUAUGUUGUUCUUGAUGAAGCAGAUCGUAUGAUUGAUAUGGGUUUUGAAGAAGCGGUAAAUAAGCUUUUGGAUGCAUUGCCCGUGCGUAAUCAAAAACCUAAUAAUGAUGACGCUGAAAAUCCGGCGUUAAUGUCUAAAUUGAUAGGAGGUAAAGUGCGGUUUAGACAAACAGUUAUGUUUAGUGCAACAAUGCCUCCUGCUGUUGAGAAACUUGCUAAAAAAUAUUUGCGUCGGCCAGCAAUUGUGACCAUUGGAAAUGCUGGUCAAGCAGUAGAUACAGUUGUACAAAUCGUUGAAAUGAUGAAUACUGAAGAUAAGAAGAAACGAAGACUAGAAGAACUCCUUAAUAGCAAUGAUUAUAGCCCUCCUGUAAUUAUUUUUAUUAAUCAACGUCGAAGUUGUGAUGCUUUGGCAAAAUCUCUUACUCGUAUUGGGUGGAAUGCUGUUGCAUUACAUGGAGGAAAAAGUCAGGAACAACGAGAAUCCGCUCUUUCGCAGCUUCGUUCUGGUGAAGCAGAUUGUUUAGUAGCAACAGAUCUUGCUGGAAGAGGUAUUGAUGUUGCUGAUGUAUCUCUUGUGGUAAAUUAUAAUAUGGCUAAAAAUAUCGAAGAUUAUACUCAUAGAGUUGGACGUACUGGAAGAGCAGGAAAAUCAGGUACUGCGAUUACUUUUUUAACACCAGAAGACACAGAAAUAAUGUAUGAUCUUAAACAAGCAAUUAGUAAAAGUAGUAUUUCAAAAGUACCCGAUUGGUUAAAAAUGCAUGAGGCUGCGCAAAGAAAACCUGAUAAGCAGCCUGCUAAAAAGACUGCUGAUGAAUUAUUAUUUCAAGUUCCUCAUGGAAGAUGGUAUUAAAACGGUUUUAUCUAUGUAUAUCUUUUAUAUUUUAUGUCUCGGUUUU